AUGGAAUCCAAUUUCGUUUUAUCUAAAAUUAUCAAUCAAAACACUGAAAAGGGUAAUAGAUCAAUUCCAAGAUUACCACCAGUUGUUGAUAAUAAAAAAAUUAUUGCCUACUCCCAUCCAAGAUCCUACCAAAUUCGUCCAUCUUUGACACCAAAGCACGAGACCAUUCAUGCCUACGAUAAAGAAUCCAAAAGAGUUGCCGGUUCCUACAGUUGCAACAUCAAAGACCAAAAGAUCAAUGGUUACAAUAAAACCAUUGUCUACACCUUUGACUACAGUGUCCAUCCGGACUUUAGACGUCACGGUUUGUUCACCAUUUUGUUGAGAGACAUGAUCAACAAAACCCAUUCCAACGAUGCUGUAAUCUCUGCCUCAGUCCUCAAAAAGCCAGACAGUCCUUCAUUCAAAGGAUGUAUGAAUGUUGGUUUCCGUUAUUUCUGUGACCAAUUCCAGUAUGCCUGGCCAUCCGAUCACAUGAUUCCACUCGAGCCAUUGCCACACGGUUGUGAAAUGCAAAUCUGGGAGGAGAAGGAUAACAAGUUCAUCGCCGAGAGAUGGCAAGCCGCCUUUGGUCACUGGAACUUCAUUCCACAGGAUUUCAAUGAACUCCUCAGCUACAACCAAAAGUACAUCGCCGGUACCUACUUUGCCCAAAUGCGUCAUGGUGACACUGUUUCCGAGGCCUCCAUCAGUGUUUGGAAUUCCGAUUUGAUUUUCAACUUGAGUAGCGGUUCCGCCGAUAAGUCCCACAGACAACUCUUCUCGUGCUACUCAAUGGGUGAGCAUGGUGACUUUGUCUUUGAACAACUUUUGAAACACGUCAACAAUCACCAACACCAACAAGGAGUCAACUUUUUGUUUGCUGGUUUCUCAGAGUUUGAUCCAAUCAGAAAGCACUUCCCAUUGUUCCGAUCGAUCAAGACCCUCGAUUUCGCACAUAUCAUCUACACCAGUUCCGAAGAGGAAUGGAAUUUCCUUCAACAAAAGAAACAAGUUGUUCCAGUAUACAAUGACCCAAGAGAUUACGGUAUUCUAACUUUAUUAAGAGAUACACCACUUGCUUCUCUCUAA